AUGGCUCCCUUCUUAUUCCUCCUCGCCACUCUCUCCCUGACCACCACCCUCGUCAACGCCUACGCUCCACGCCCUGACUGUCAUCCUUUCUUCCUCGACAUCCCCAUCGAAGCAACAAGUCUCGACCUCGACAUCAUCCACGUCGAUAACAACAUCGACGCCGUGGACUUCGCCGUCGACUUUGAUCGCUGGGACGCUCCGAAUAUCACUUCUCGUAUCUCGAGCUCAUCGAAUGUGUCCGAGACUUUCACCAUUUAUGCUGAGCUGUGUAGUCCUCCGGGUAAUGGGACUGUGGUCAAGAAGGACGCGAUUCAGAUUCUGACGCAUGGCGCUGUUUUCGAUCAUCGGUACUGGGACGUCGACCUCAAACGCUCCGAAUACUCCUAUGUCCAAGCCGCUCUGAACGCAGGCUACACAGUCCUGAACUACGACCGGCUUUGCAACGGCCUCUCCGACAAACCCGACGCCUAUACUCUCGGGCACGGCCUCAACGAACUUCAAAUCCUACGUGUCUUGACCGAGAUCGUUCGAGCCGGGACCCUGAACUCCCACCUCCAUUCCGGAUCCACUCUCCCUUCCACCCCAGCUUUCGACAAAGUCGUCCACGUCGGUCACAGUUCCGGCUCCCAACUCACCACCGCUCUACUCACAUCCUACGGCAAUCUCUCCGACGCAGCGAUCUUGACGGGUUUACUCUUCGCCGACCACCUCCUCCCAACCGCCACGCUAGCCCUGGGCUUCACAUUCGCCCCCGAAAACAAUCCUGUUCUAUUCGGCGGCUAUCCAAGCGGCUAUAUCGUUCCUUCUGACGUGGGCAGGAUCCAAGCUGGAUUCUUCCAUCGCGUCAACGAUACCGACCCAGCGGGUUUCACCGACGAGGCGUUAGCCUACGCCGAAAGCGUCAAAUCCCCAUUAGCGACCGGGGAAUGGUUAUCCCUACGCGGCCUCCUCAAUGUUGGGCCGAGCGCGGAGUUCAAGGGUGCCGUGGAGUUUUUUGCGGCCGAGUUUGACGAGUUGGUUUGUGAUGGGGAUUGUAGAAAUGACUAUGAUCCCGCCGUGCUGCAGGUCGUGUAUCCGCAUGCGGAGGCGGUGGAGGUUUAUUUGCAGCCGGGGGCGGGACAUGGGUUGACGCUGCAUAGGAAUGCCUCGGGGGGGUAUGGGGUUAUGUUGGAUUUUCUUGGGAAGCAUGGGCUCUGA